AACAUCCACCUCUGCCUACCACAGACGGACCUGAGCAGCGCAUGCGUGUUUGCAGCGGAACCCCGUGCAUGCAGCACAAGGAUCCUGUAAUUAAAAUAAACUAAACGAGCCGGUGCGACUGGGUGAUGUGAUAGCUGCAGGCACCGGACAUUGUUUCAGUCAACCCUAAACUGCUGUCAUUUGCUGUCGUUGACGCGGAUGAGUCUCCGGAGAGGCUGCACAAAGUCCUGGAACUGUCCAAGGCACUAGGCAUCUUCAGACUUCUGGGAUCUGCAAAUCAAACAAGGUGGUACACCUGGUGCUGCUCUGCCUCAGUUAGGUGGUAAGCCAACAGAUACUGCUGGUGAGAAGAGCAAUCUAACAUGCCUACAAAACAUCUGGGAAGAAAAGAGUGGAGGAAAAUGUUCACUUCACUGGCAGGAGAGCUGGUGAUCAUGGCCGGGACCGUCAUGCUGGCCUACUACUUUGAGUACACCGACACCUUCAGCGUGCACGUGCAGGGCUUCUUCUGCUAUGACACCACCUACACCAAACCCUAUCUAGGAUCGGAGGACAACAGUGCCAUCCCUCCCGUCCUGCUGUAUGCUGUGGUGGCUGGGCUGCCCACGCUGCUGAUCACAAUAACGGAGACUGUGCUGUUCCUGGUCCAGUACACAUCCAAAGAAUUUGACCGGUCAGAGAAGACAGUGGCCACAGGGGACUGCUGUUAUCUUAACCCGCUGGUGCGCAGGACCUUCCGCUUCCUCGGAGUCUAUACCUUUGGACUCUUCACCGUUGACAUCUUUGUCAAUGCUGGCCAGGUGGUGACAGGGAACCUGGCACCAUACUUCCUGACGGUCUGUAAGCCCAACUACACUGCACUAGGCUGCCAACAGGCUCUGCGCUACAUCAGCCACCAGGAGGCCUGCACAGGAAACCAGGACGACAUCCUACGUGCCCGCAAAACCUUCCCAUCCAAGGAGGCUGCACUUAGUGUCUACGCUGCACUCUACCUGGCUAUGUAUGUGACGUGCACGGUGCAGGCAAAGGGCACUCGUCUGGCCAAGCCAGUGCUGUCUCUCGGGCUUAUGUGUCUGGCAUUUCUCACCGGUCUCAAUCGCGUGGCUGAAUAUCGAAACCACUGGUCAGAUGUCAUCGCAGGCUUCAUCAUCGGCACUGCUAUCGCCACUUUCCUGGUGGUGUGCGUGGUCCACAACUUCAAAGGCAAGUUACUGCUAAGUGAAGAGUCAUCAGCAGAGCAGCGACCCAACACAGCCAUUCUGAACAUGGGCCGAAUGGAGAGUCCUCUGGAGAAGUACAUCGCUUCACAGAAUCACAUCGCCUUCGCUGAGGUCACAUGACGUGGAGUCGGCCGUGUGGCAGACCCAUUGGACGUCCACGCUCUUCACAGUCCAAUCCAAUUAACCAGAGCGCACCGUUAAACCCAUACUGUGUGUGUGUGUCUGGUCUGCGAUAUGUUGUUCUGUGUUGUCUUUAUCAGGCCCCUGUUGUCAUUUGCAGCUCCUUGUACUCAAGAAAAAAAAAGACAGAAGUGUCAGUGUCUCAGCAGGACAGGCUGCUUCUGCUUCUCCACCUAUGCACUUACUCUGAAUCUGCGUCAGACUCUCGCCUUCCAAAUGAAGCUUGUUCGGCAAACUCCACAGCUGACUUGUUGCACUCUGUGGGACACUAGAGGAACAAGUGAAGAAAUGGAUUGCACCAUCUCACCUCUGCCUAGGUCAAAUAUUUUUACAUGGGUUGGUUGUUUUGUGUGUGAACCAACACAUGCCAUAUAAAUGAUAAUUAAUAACAUGUCUGUAUGAAAGCUGUUCAGUAAGUAAGUUAAAUGAAAGAGUCCGAACAGAGAGCAAACCCUCUCUUGUUGUGUUGCAAAAGUUGAUCUACAGCUUUCUGAGUUUGUUCGUGCUGUUAUCACAUCAAACCCAUAACAUCUUAGGACUGCUAUAAAUAUCUGAAUGUGACACUGUCUGCUGGGCCGAUUUUCGUUUUGAACCAAUUUACUCAGAAAAAUAAGAAAAGAAAAUUAAAAAUGCUCCUAAAAUUUUAGAGAGCUUAUCUUAGGGUCCUACAUGGAUAAGUGGUACAGAGACAUUAGACUGUUUUUGUAAAUGUUUCAGAACAUGAGUCACGUCUGUCCAUGGCAGUAUAAAAUGUGUGCGAUGUAGCGAUGCAGAUUAGGAGGAGAUGGUGAAGUGUGAGAACACGAUGAGCUUGCUUUAAAUCAUAUGGUUAAAUUGUCAGUCUUGAAACCCUGAUAAAUAUGGGCCCGCAUCAAAGUAGCAAAUUGUGAAAACUGCAAAACUUUCUGUAUGUCAUUAUGUAUUCUUGUGUCAUUUAGCUCUCCCGACAUGAGUGUAUGUGUGUAUCUACUGAAUAUUUAACUGCAACCAAUGAAAACACUGUACACUCUGUAUUCUAUUGAACCUGUCAAGGGUUUCUUAGCGGCAUCAGACAAUCACCAACUCCCUCUCUCUGUCUGUAUCUAUCAUUAUCUUAAUGGUUGUGUGGUAGCAGGUAUUCUGACACUGUACAAGAGGAAUGGAUGUGGUGAAAGGAGCCCACAGCCUCUGCAACCCAUGGUCAAAAGAGGGCAACAUGCUCUGUUUUUAUAUGUCAACGCUAACUAACACAAAGGUCAAUCUGACUCACAGGCCAACACUGAGAUUUUAUUGUAUGCAUUGAGUAGUCAGAUAUAGUUCUGUUUGUCUCCCACUUGAUGUUUUCUGCCAUGUCAAAUCAGGUUAAAGUGAUGUAGGAAAAUCUACAGUUAAGGCUAGUUUCCUUUUUCUGAUCUGUGUUUUUAGUUUCAAGAGACAUUCGGACACAUUGGAAGAAGACAGUCUCUUGUUCCAUCUCAUAGCCAACUUCCUUGAUCAUUUUAUUAAGUUUGGUUGUUUAAAGGGAUAUUCCGGUGUAAGUUUAAUCCAUGGUCUAACACGCCGUGACACCAAGUAGGACCCCCCCUUGAGAGAUAA